AUGAAGCCGUUGCUCACUCCUGCUCACUGGACAGGAACCGAUCUCUCAUCGGGUGAGGAGGUCGCUAUAAAACUUAGCUUCGUUCGAGACAACGCCGACGCACUCAGAGACGAGAAGGAUAUAUACGAGGAGCUGGCCGGCGGGGUCGGAAAUCCGCGAUUACGAUGGUUUGGCAAGGAGUGCGAUUUCUAUAUCCUGGUUAUGGACGCGCUCGGCCCAUCGCUUGAGGAUCUUCUCAACUACUGUGGCCGAAAGUUCUCGCUGAAAACUAUCCUCCUCAUUGCUGACCAGGCCAUCGCUCGAAUUGAAUAUAUUCACUCGAAAGGCUUCCUCCAUCGCGAUAUCAAACCGGACAACUUCCUGAUGGGGAUCGGUAGGCAAGGAAACAUACUCUAUACCAUCGACUUUGGCCUGGCUAGGGAGUUCGAGUAUACCGAGCAUACUAAACAAUUCGAAGGCCUCGCACUAGGCGGUACGAGGCGGUACGCCAGCAUCAACAAUCACAAUGGCCGUAAGAAAGAUAACCAAUGA